GGAUACUGAUUCAAGAUCAGUCCAAUAAUUUCACUUCGACGCAUUUUAUGUCACUAAAUGACGCUUAACUGAUUUAGGAUCAGCCAAUGCCUGUAUUUUGACUGAAUGCACCGGAGUGAGCUGCGAAAGCAUCCAAGGCUAGUGUAGACGUAGACGGAUUUCAUUUCCCCUGGUCUGUAUUGAAGUUGCUAGCUACAAACUGUAUUGUUGGCUUUACAAACAUUUUCAAUAAUUUUAGCCAACUGGGCUAAAUCCGAAGGCAACCUGGAGGAAGCGGGAGAUCCGAAGAUAUGCACUCAGCAUGGAUUUUAUGUAAUUCCAACAGGAUAUGAAGAGAUGGCUGUAGAGAAAGAACAGAAGGGGACCAGUCGUGUUAUAUUGGUCAAGAAAAUAAUAAUGCGGGAUGGGAAAGCGGCACAAGCAGGCUUUGGGAAAGCCAGUGUUGCCCAUGCUGUGGUGGUCAUCUUCCUGGAGUUCUUCGCCUGGGGACUGCUCACUGUACCCAUGCUGACGGUUUUGCGGGAGACAUUUCCGCAGCACACCUUUCUGAUGAAUGGUCUCAUUCAGGGAGUAAAGGGUCUUCUGUCCUUCAUGUGUGCGCCGCUGAUCGGUGCUCUGUCAGACGUGUGGGGGCGGAAGUCCUUCCUGCUUUUGACGGUGUUUUUCACCUGCGCUCCUAUCCCCCUCAUGAGGCUCAGUCCAUGGUGGUACUUUGCCAUGAUCUCUGUGUCGGGGGCUUUCGCUGUCACCUUCUCAGUCAUCUUUGCGUACGUCGCUGAUGUCACAGAGGAGCGGGAGAGAAGUACAGCCUAUGGACUGGUUUCGGCCACGUUUGCCGCCAGCUUGGUGACCAGCCCGGCAAUUGGCGCGUAUCUGUCGGCGCGGUACGGUGACAACCUGGUGGUGCUGGUGGCCACGCUCGUCGCCCUGGCGGAUAUCUGCUUCAUCAUGCUGGCCGUGCCCGAGUCGCUCCCUGAGAAGAUGCGCCUCAACACCUGGGGAGCGCCCAUCUCCUGGGAGCAGGCCGACCCUUUCGCUUCUUUGAGGAAGGUGGGCAAGGACACCACUGUUCUCCUGAUCUGCAUCACUGUGUUCCUGUCCUACCUGCCAGAGGCGGGACAGUACUCCAGCUUCUUCCUCUACCUGAGACAGGUCAUAAACUUCACCCCCACGACGAUAGCUGUGUUCAUUGGAGUGGUGGGCAUCCUAUCUAUUGUGGCGCAGACUCUGGUGCUGACGCUGCUGAUGAGAACCAUUGGGAAUAAGAACACGGUGUUGCUAGGCCUCGGCUUCCAGACUCUACAGCUGGCCUGGUACGGCUUUGGCUCUGAUCCCUGGAUGAUAUGGGCAGCGGGGGCUGUCGCAGCCAUGUCCAGCAUCACCUUCCCCGCAGUGAGUGCUCUGCUGUCCCGCAGUGCCGACCCUGACAAGCAAGGCCUGGCACAGGGCAUGAUCACUGGCAUCAGAGGACUGUGUAACGGCCUGGGUCCCGCGCUCUACGGCCUCAUCUUCUUCAUGUUUAACGUGGAGCUGAAUGGGCUGGCGCCCAUCGAGCAUGACUACCCCAUCGCCCCGCUCGCCCCCCCUGAGAGGAGCAUAAUCCCCGGGCCGCCCUUCCUGCUGGGCGCGUGCACGGUGGUGGUGGCCUUCCUGGUGGCCCUCUUCAUCCCCGAGCGCAGCGCCGAGGCCGAGGUGGCCAUGUGCCACACGCGCAAGCCCAGCUCCAGCUCCUGUGGCAGCGGCGAGCUGCCCGAUGCCCACAUCAACACGCCGCUGCCGGGCAGCGAGGACGACCUCGACUUCCAGCCCCUGCUGCAGGACAGCACAGUGUGACGCCCCCCUCUGUGACCUUAUGAUCCAAACAGGUUGUGUGAGGAGGGCCAUGCCUUUUUUUGUUGUGGGACUAUUUCCUCUUCUUGAUGAAAGGAAGAGGGGACAGGACCAAUUUUGCCACACACUUGAAGUACCAGUAGUCAUCAGUCACAACAUACCCCUCGCACACAUACAUAUACACACACAGAGAAGUUAUUCUCUGUGUGGUUUUGACGUGUUGUUACUUCUGUUUUGUUGACGUUAGGAAGGAUGUUGUGAGAACAUGAUGGUCAAGGACUUUCCUUCCUCUUUGUUGUUCCAAGAGUUUAAACUCUUAAGACAUCAUGAGAGUUGGCUUGAGGGCUGGUUCCAAAUGCAGCUGAUUUCCAGACAGACAACUAUCCUGCUGUUUUGCAUAUAUUACUGUGGGACUGUGUGUUUUUAAGUAGCCAUUACAGGAGAAGGGUCUGUGGAUUGGAAUGUGCUGGUGUUCCCCCGGGGCGUCUGUAGAAUUUAACCGCAUAUGAAUGAACACAUCUUGAGGUUCUGUUACAUAUCUAAUAAGGUGUCCAAAAUGUUAUGUGUUUUUUUCGAUGUCAAAAGUCAGUCAAAGUAGGCGUUUUGCACAAGUGUGGUGAGAUGAGUUGGACCUUGAUGGUGCCGUUAAUGUAUGCAUCUGUGUUUUAUGUCUAAGCUGUAGGUACAAAUCUUAGUGGAGACAUAGAUGCUUAACUUGACCAUGGGGAGAUUCAGGAAAAAUAUCUAAUACCAUUUAUAUGGUAGUUGGAAACUGACUAUGUGAUCCUCUGGCAGAAGAGGACAAUUUUAGAGAGAAGAGGUUACCUUUGGCCACACAGACGUGAGCACAGGGGCUGGUGAUUUAGACAUGUACAGUAUGUUUACAUGUUUAAGUUCUAUGCAGUACUGUUUAUUGUGAUGUUACUUUCUAUAGAACUUUGUUAAUUUUUCGGAACUAUAUGUUGCUGUAAAUAAUAUUUAUAUACCGCCCGCAUGUAACGUAAGUUCGUAUUAUGUUCUUGACAAUAGUAGCGUUCUGACCUUUUACUUUCUAUUCUAUUGAUAAUUCUAUUAAUAUUUUUACUCUUUUUUUUUUUUUGUCUCCUUUUGAGUAAAAAGGACUUGUUUUAUAUACUUUUAUUGAAAGCAUUUUUUGGGGUUUCUGGUACUUACUGCAAAAGUAGGGGUCUUUUAACCAAAAAGCAUCUUCACAUCUUAAGUGAAUGUGAGAGAGUGCUUCACCAGCUACCUCAGGUUUGGAGGGUGUUAUCUGAGUGUGACUACGAUGUGCUUGCAUAGCCAUGGUCCAUCUCCCUCUCUCUCUGGUAUCAGACAAGAAAAGGGAUCACUAACUGAAAAGAGCUUGAUCAGACAGAUCCACAUUGUACAUAUAGAGGAUAUCAUUUAUUUUGACUGGUCCAGCAGAAAUUUGCCAGAUGUUUAUAGUAAGUAGUUAAUGCAGUAUAUUUGCGCCUACCGAUUAGGGUAAGGAAGCAUUCCCCGUCAGUGUUGUGUGUCUCAGAAAUUUCAAAAUUCUCUGGUUGCUCCUGUAUGCAGUGUUUCAUGGCUGGGUACGGAUCUGUGAAUGAGUGCGUGUGCGUGUGUGUGUUUGUUUGUGUGUCUUGAGUUUUAGUGGGAUAUAAUGCUCACCUUGCUAUUCAUGAAUGUUUUAUCUAAACGUUCACACUUUUUACACGCACACACACACACACACACACACACACACACACACACACACACACACAAACAAACAAGUACAGACAAACCAGUGGAACACUACUCGCACGCAUGCACACACGCACACACAACACACACCACACACACUACACACACCACGCACACACACAAUAUGCUCAGUUGGGCAGGGCCGUACUUGAAAAUGUGCCCAGUUUGGCCUUGGGCAAGUGGCUUGCGAUAAGAAAUCACUAUACCUGCAGUCCCCUGUCCUGUUCCAUACUCUGAUGCCACUAAGGCAGUUCUCCACCGUUAAUGAUUGCAGUUUGUGUGUGUAUGUGUGUGUGUUUGUGUGUGUAUGUUUGUGUGUAUGUGUAUGUUUGUUUGUGUGUUUGUGUGAGAGAGAGAGAGAGUGCGACAGAGAGAGAAGGAGAGCCUGUGUGUGUAUAUUCUUCACAGCCUGUAACUCUUAAAGGCAAGAUAUAUUAUAAGGCCAGUGUAAAUAAAUGCAAGGCUCAAGUAGAUUGUACUGUAUUGAAGAUGUCUAUGACAAAUGACUUGAGAAAGAAGUGUUUCUUGACAGCUAUAUUUUUUGAGGACAUGACACCUGUGGGUGUUUUGUCGGAAUAGUGUUUUCCAUGUGCAAUGGCGAGGCAGAUGUUCAUAAACGUGACCAUACAGAGAGAGCCAAUGCGGGUGAUUGUCACCUUUAAAUGUGUUUAAAAGUGUUUUCAGCAUCUGUUGAAGUCGUGGUUUUUCAUUUUGCACCUUUUACAUUUUUAGGUCAUAACAGAUGUGCCUAAAGUAUGACUGUCCCUCGUUUUUGUCACCAAAUAGGAGAGGGGAAAAAAUUCAAAACACUGGGUACAGGGAGCAGCUGUGGUUGCUCUGCAAUGACACCGCAUUUAAUAUGUACAUGGGUUAUGUAUUUAUAAUAAACUUGUCCUGUCUGUCAAUCUUGUAAAGAGCUGAAAUUACUAAUAAAAGAACAGCCAAUAGAA